AUGUGGCUUAGCUGUUUCAAGCACCUUAAUCUCAAGUGGUUCAAAGUGUUUUAAAUAAUGUGGGUUUAGAGCUUGAGGGAAUGGAGUAUAAUUAUUGAUAUAGAUAUUAAUUGGAGCGCAUUAUCUAGAGCUGAUUUGUCAACUUAAUUUUUGAAAAUUAAGGAAAAAGCUUGA